UAUUUAUCUUGUGUGACAACAUCGUUCUCUCAUCCAUGUCUUCAACCAUCAACGACAUCUAAAAAACCAAGUCAUCCACGACCAUGAAUAUGGAUCAUAGUAAUGGCACUAGACACCUGACUCUCUUGAACACCUCCAGCUCGUCAACAGCAGCGAGUUCUCUCCCUUCCCCGCCCUAUUCCCCCCCUCCAAGUCACAGCACACCAUCCUCGAGUGCCCACGCACGAGGCGUAUCCCCCAACGACGCGACAACAGCCCUCAAAGCUACCCGCCGGCAAUCUUCCAUCUCCUACAUAUCUUCCCGCGUCGAUGUGUUCUCGAGACAUGGGACAUCCACGUCUCCAACAGUAGCUGAUGCUUCGAUAGGAACGGAUGCGGUACAUGGAGCGGGAGGUCUAUUCGAAGGAUGCAAAAGGACCUCACGCUCGAUGAAGAGGCAUACUAUGGUAGGACUCGAGGAGUUGCGCGGAUUAAAUGCAGUCGGGGAAGCCCGCACGCGUCUGUCUGUUGGAAGUGCUAGUGCCAGUGGGGGUGUAGAGAGAGCUGCCCUAACAUUAGCUGAGAAGCACGCUGACCUCCUGCACGAAAUUGCAGCCGCUGAGAGCAGACGCCUCGAGCUGUCUGGUCAACUGGCUGCUGUUGAAGGGGAUCUAGGAGAACUAAAACGAAAAUGGGAGCGCAUCGUCAACCGCGAACCACCUCAUCCCAUUCUUUCCUCGUCCACACCCACUGCUUCAGUCGUAGGUGGCCUCAAAGAAGGCGUAAGAUUGCUCGCAGCAGGUCUGAGCGACCUAAGUGACCUUUCUUCUCCGAUUCCCUCACCAACUCCCCCAACCGACACAGAAGAAACAGCAGGGGUCCCGAGGCGUCACACGCAGCGUGUGAGCGACUCGUCCGCGUCAACGUCAACGCGUUCAGGGAUGACACAAUUCUCGAGGAGUUCCGUGUCAUCUGUCUGGGACGAAGAUAUUUCCCUUUCUUCUGGUAUCGGCGCGGAACGACAUUUCACGAAUCAAACACGAGAAAGGGAAGCAUCAAGAGCGAGACAGGAAAAAGUCUUUCGUCGGAGAUCGCGCGAUCUUUCGCAUCCACCGACUGCAUUUAUGAGGCAUGCCAGUUCUUAUAAUAGUACGAGUACCAGUGUGGACCUCGGGCGAGGCAGCGUGGAACUCGACUCGACUACAGAGGUCGUUCAGGGUACAAUCAAUCCAGGCUUAGACGCGUCCGUUACAGCGGUGGCUUCAGAAUUCGAUGCAGACGGUCCAGGGUCUUCACCAAGCACAAAUACACUCCUUAGCAAACGCUCCUCUGUGGUACCGCCUACAUCAAUGCCUGGCGCCGGAUCGCUCGGCGUAGCUGGUGGGUGGGGAAAUGUCAGUCGCAAGCUUGGAGGUGAUGUAUUCUCCAAAAGCCAAAAGCGAGCUUCCAUCCUCCUCGCAGACGUCUCUCAAUCCAUUGUAUCAGCAUUAACCGCAGGCCCAGUAGCAACCUCACCCGCACCCGUUCCCACAUCAAUACAAACAUCAACACCUUCCCUUUUCCCAUUCCCCUCAUCCCUCCGCACACCCUCAAGCAGCACCACCUCCCUACACAGAACCUUACCGAGCGCUUCCUCUUCCUCACACACACCAUCAUCAAACGCGAGCUCUCCAUUGACGCGCUCCACGUACCUGCACACUCGCACCAAAACUCAUGCCCCUACCCCGCGCACAAACAGUUGGUUGGAAGAUGAGGAAGAUGAGGAUACGGUGAAUGCUGGGAGGGUUUUGAUGCCAUCUGUGCUUACGCCCACCUCUGCCUCCGCGUCAGUACGCAAAACACCCGAUUCACUCGCACCCGCUGAAGGAGGAACGGCGCCGAGUUUCGAAGACGAUGACUGGAAUUGGUAGCAGCUACCGUUGUCCGCUUUUGAUGUCCUCUGGCAGGUUUUGAAAGAUGAAGAAUAGCUAUGACUCGAAGUGUGUGCGAGGCGUAAAUGGUAUUGUAUGUUUAUACUAUAGAUAUUUGCAUUUCCUUCAUUCGUGCAGGCGGGUACGACAACGAGCUUUGAUGACGAUGAUGGGAGUUGGUGGCGGUGGAGGAUGAAAAUUAAAAGUGAGUGCGUGGAUAGGGGGUAUUGUGAGUAUGUUUUAUGUUUAUAGAUAUUCAUUGUAUUUUUUGUUCUGUCUUGUGCUCAAUGUGUUGUCGCAUUGAAAUUAAUUGCAUGUACGAUCGACGAGUCUGGUAGGUUAGAAAUUUUGCUCACAAGGGC